AUGAAUUUGGGUGUUAUGAGUAUAUAAUUACAUAAAUUAUAUAUUUGAGAAUUAAUGAUUAACAUUGCAUUAAUCUAUCCACUAUUUAAGAUCGAAAAAAACUUGCAAAUUCUUCUGUCUUUGUUCGUUUUAUUUGUGUGUCUUUUACCUUAACUGCUGCUUACAUUAUGAGAGGUGCUUUCAAAACUCUCCAAGCUAUCAAUCCAGCAAAAAACAUCGGAGCAUACAUACAAACAAGUUUAUCUAUUUUAAAGGAUUUUUCUAAACAAUGCUUGUCUACUCAAGGGACUGUUCUUCAUUGUCACUUAAUGAAAAUGGGCAUCUCAUAUGACAAUCAUGUAGCAGUUAAAUUGCUUAUUAUGUAUCUUAAAUGUAGAAAAACCUUUGAAGCUGAUCAAAUUAUAAAAGAUUUCAAUGGGUUUAAUUUAGUUGGCCACAAUUGUUUGAUCAGUGCUAAUGUAGACUGGGGUAAACUUGAUGAAGCCCGUAAGUUGUUUGAUGAAAUGCCACAGAGAAAUGAGGUUUCUUGGACUGCUAUGAUUUCUGGGUUUUUUAAGUAUGGUAGAGUGGAAGAAGCAAUGUGGUUUUUUUAUAGGAACCCAUUUGAGGAUGUUUAUAAAUGGACAGCAGGGAUUAGUGGGUUGGUACAAAAUGGGUUGACUGCGAAAGCAAUGAAGCUGUUUUUGGAAAUGCUGAAAGCUGGUGUUUUGCCGAAUGAUAUUACGUUUACCUCUGUUGUAAAAGCUUGUGCAGAUUUAGGUGAUUUUGGUUUGGGGAGGAGUGUUUUAGGUUUAGUUGUUAAAUCUGGUUUUGAGGAUAAUGUUUCAGUUUCUAAUUCUUUUGUUACGUUUCAUUUGAGGCUUGGUGAAAAAGAUAUGGCCAUGAGAAUUUUUGAUCAAAUGGGGGAGAGAGAUGUUGUUUCUUGGACUGCAAUCUUGGACAUGUAUGUUGAGAAGGGUGACUUGAGAGAAGCUCGCCGGAUCUUUGAUGAGAUGCCUGAAAGAAAUGAGGUUGCUUGGAGUGCAAUGAUUUCAAGGUACAGUCAGUGUGGUUAUACUGAAGAGUCAGUGAAACUGUUCUCUCAGAUGGUUAAUAGUGGGUUCACGCCGAAUAUUUCAUGCUUCUCUAGUGUUAUUAAUGCAUUAGCUACUCUUGAGGCGAUGAAAGCAGGAAUGAGUGUCCAUGCAAGGACACUAAAAACUGGGAUCACAAGAAAUGUGUUCAUUUGUAGUUCACUUGUUGAUUUAUACUGUAAAUGUGGGAAUAUUGCAGAUGCACGCUCAGUGUUCGAAACUUUGGAAGAGAAGAAUGUUGUCUGUUGGAAUUCAAUGAUUAGCGGCUAUAGUUUAAAUGGCCAUCUUGAUGAAGCUAGGGACCUUUUUGAUCAAAUGCCAAAGAAAAAUAUUGCCUCUUGGAACUGUAUGAUUGCUGGCUACUCAGAGAAUGAACAAUUUGACAAGGUCUUCGAGGUGUUUAAUGUGAUGCUUUUGUCUGGCGAAAUUCCUGAUCCAUCUAGUUGUGCAAGUGUGUUAUGUGCUUGCGCUAGCAUAGCUUCACUAGGGACAGGGAAAAAUCUACAUGGUAAAAUUGUUAAACUUGGACUUCAACUUAAUACUUUUGUUGGAACGGCACUAACUGAUAUGUAUGCAAAAUGUGGAGACAUUGACAGCUCUAGGAAUAUUUUCGAUAUAUUGCCAAGAAAGAAUGAGAUUACAUGGACAGCUAUGAUUCAAGGACUUGCAGAAAAUGGCUUCGCAGAAGAAUCUAUUUCUCUGUUCGAAGAAAUGCUAAGAAAUUCAUCUGUUGCACCAAAUGAGCUGAUUCUGUCAGCAGUUCUAUUUGCAUGUUCCCAUUGUGGUCUAGUUGAUAAAGGGCUCUGUUAUUUUGGUUUGAUGAAGGAUGUUUAUAAUUUAGAGCCAAAGGAGAGACACUAUACCUGUGUGGUAGAUAUGCUGUCUCGUGCAGGACGGCUUUCCGAGGCAGAAAGAUUUAUUAAAAGUACACCAAGUGAAACUGAAGUAAAUGCAUGGGCAGCUUUACUAAGUGGCUGCAAAAUACAUAGUGAAGAUGAAAUAGCAGAAAGAGCAGCUAAAAGGAUAUAUGAACUGGGCGAGAAAAAGUCUGGAGGUUACAUUCUUUUGUCAAAUGUUUAUGCAUCAGCUGGUAGGUGGACUGAUGUUAUGCAUACUAGACAGCUGAUGAAGGAGAAAGGGUUAAAAAAAAGCGGUGGAUGUAGUUGGCUUGAACUGAAGAAUGAGAUACAUAUAUUUUAUUCUCAGGAUGGAUGUCACUCUCAAACAGCAGAGAUAUAUGGGGUUCUAGAAUCAUUGCAGUCAGACAUGCUGAUUUUAUAGCAAUAGAAGCAUACGUUAAGAGCUCAUGUGAAAUAUUGCGUAAUUGAGGAUUACAAGCAUAGGUUAUAGUGAAGCAGUUAGGAGGCUGGAAACUAGACGCCCAACUGGCUUUUUUUUCACAGUGAAAUACCUAAUAUAAGAUGACAUUCUAGUGAACAGCAAGCCCAGUAUUAAGGCUAUAGUUGAGAUGUAAAGCUGGAAAUUUUGCGCAAAUAUAGUUCAGUAUGGUGUAUUGUGGACCACAAAAGUAGAAAUUCUAAUAUGACCAGAAAAAACAGGAAUCACUUCGAGCUGAAAAUUUGAUUGAGUUCUGAGCAUUUUCCCCCCUUCAAAGCCUAAGAGUAUGAAAUUGUGUAUUGAUGAAACCAAACUGACUUCAAGUUUUGGAGGGAAAUCUGAAGAGCCAGCUUGUCCAAUAUAGAGGUAAAACUUACAGCUGAGUAAAUUUACUGAAUUGCAAGGUAUUAGAGAGAACAACUUGAAAGCCUCAAAGAGGAACAUAUGUGGGUCUUACAACUCAAUCCUGCUCUGAAGCCAACUUUGGGCAGGAAGAGAGGGUUGCCAUGACCAUGAAAAGAACUUUGGGGGCAUUGACCGGAACUGUCCAUUUUGACUGCCCUUCACUUCAGAGCUCCCUUCACAUUAAUCUUUCUACGCUAUAUGCUAUUUUGGGCAGGAAAAGUGGCAACUUUGAGCAGGAAGAGUAGGUUGCUUGCAGUUGUAGAUGAUUAUUAAAACGAGUGUGAGGAUUCAAAAUCUGUUGCCAGGUGCAGCAGUAAAGCUCCCGUCACAUUGAUCUUCCUAUGCUA